AUGUAUACCGAUGGGCUCUGGUAACUACUUUUAUCAGGUGGGCCGUAAGCUCUUCCACGCCUUCUUAAGUAAUAUAAACAAAGAAGUUGCCUUGCAGGGCAAUCCUUGAAGCUAUUGUGGACCAUGGAAGGAAAUAUGUGUGUGCAUUGUCAGUGCAACCACGACCACUGAUAACAAUGUCAAUAGUACAGUAAUUUUUAUUUUAAAACACAUUGCAAAUUCUAAUUUCAGUCUGUGACUAAAACCUAAUUAUUAUGACUAACUUCAAUGUUUAAUUUUACCGUUAGGACUUUGUACAUAUUUACGUUGUUACAAAUUGUGCGACCCAUGACCCCAUUAAUUUUGUUGAUAAAAUGAAGACAAAAGAGCUUAUCUCCAUUAAUUAUAAUUAUUUAGGACGUCAAAGCAUCUAUUAAGAUACUUAUUAUGUAAUAGAGCUCGCAGCGUUUUCGGGAAUAAUGGAAAAGUAUAUAAGUGUUAAAGAUUUAGAAGAAGCGGCCCUGAAACGUCUUCCAAAAUCGGUGAGAGAUUAUUAUAGCAGUGGUGCUACAGAAGAACAGACACUAGGAGAAAACAAAAACGCCUUUCAAAGGCUGCGAAUAAGCCCCAAGUGCUUAGUGGGUGUAAAUAAUUGUGACCUUCGAACAACAGUGCUUGGAAAUGAAAUCUCAAUGCCUAUUGGUAUAUCUGCUACUGCGAUGCAGCGCAUGGCACACCCUGACGGAGAACUUGCUAAUGUUAAAGCUGCUGCUAAGGAACAGACUAUCUUUAUGUUGAGCACCAUCGCCACAACUUCUAUAGAAGAAGUAGCAAACGCAGCGCCAGAUGCUACUAAAUGGUUUCAACUUUACAUUUAUAAUGAUAGAGAAGUAACAAAAAAUUUAGUGCUGCGUGCAGAAAAACACGGAUUUACAGCAAUAGCGUUAACUGUAGACACGCCAUUAUUCGGCUUGCGACGCGCAGACAUCCGGAAUAAAUUUACAUUGCCCCGACACUUAAGAUUAGCAAAUUUCGAUGGUAUUUUAUCUACAAAAAUACACAAUGCGAAUAGUGGAAGUGGUUUAAAUGAAUACGUACAAGAUCUACUUGACAAAUCAGUAACUUGGAAUGACAUAAAGUGGUUGAAGAGUAUCACAAGUCUCCCAAUAAUAGCGAAAGGUGUACUUCGUGGUGAUGAUGCUGUAAAAGCGGUAGAAGCUGGCUGUUCUGCUAUUUUGGUAUCUAAUCACGGAGCAAGACAACUUGAUGGAGUUCCAGCAACUAUUGAAGCUUUGCCGGAAAUUGUUGAAGCCCUAAAAGGUUACGACGUCGAAAUAUUUCUGGACGGCGGCGUUUCCACUGGCACUGAUGUCUACAAGGCUUUGGCGCUUGGUGCAAAAAUGGUUUUAGUGGGUCGUCCGGCACUGUGGGGUUUGACUGUAGGAGGGCAAGCCGGAGUGCAGAGGAUGUUACAGAUACUCCGUACGGAGCUUGAAUAUACGCUUCAGAUUGCAGGAACCCCAACUGUCGCGGACGUCACGAAAGAAAUGGUGAGGCAUGAAAAUUCGUAUUGUAAACUUUGAUUUUCUAUCGAACGUAACAAUAAAACUAUUAAUGAGA